AUGGCGGCAAACAAAGCAACAACAAUAAAAGAAGCGAUCAAGCGUUGGGAGGAGAAAACGAAACAGAACCCGGCGACCGCGACGGAAGUCAGUCUGGUCUUCCAGUGGCCGCCCAUCGAGAAGAUGGACAACUCUCUCUCAUGUCUGCUGAACUGCGAAAAACUGAGUCUAUCAACAAACAUGAUAGAAAAGGUUUCCGGUUUGAACAGCUUGAAGAAACUCCGCAUUUUGUCACUGGGCAGGAAUUAUAUUAAAUCUUUUGCGGGGAUGGAAUGUCUGGGCGACACCUUGGAGGAGCUGUGGAUUUCCUACAAUCUGGUAGAGAAGCUGAAGGGUAUCCACGUGCUACGCAGCCUCAAGGUGCUGUACAUGAGCAACAACCUGGUCAAGGAGUGGAGCGAGUUCAACAAGCUGCAAGAAUUGCCCAACCUUGAGGAUCUCCUGUUUGUUGGCAACCCACUCUACGACGCGUGUGAGUUAGAAGUGUGGCGUGCAGAGGCUGCGCGAAGGUUGCCAGCCUUGAGGAAGCUGGAUGGAGAGAACGUGCUCCGAGAAGAUGACCCACCAAUCACUGUUGCUGAUAUGCAGCCUGAUGGUGGUGACGCCGUGGAGACUUUAGUGAGCGCUGAAACCAAUGAUUAA